CACAAGUUUUUGCCAUUCGCCCAGAGUCAAACAGCUGAUUGUAGUAUUUUGAUUUGUGUUUAAAAAUUGUUUAUAAAAUGGAUCCCGCCAAGCUGUUAAUGCUCUGCGAACAAAACGAAUACAAUUUGCUGAACUUGAUGGACUGGGAAGAGGAGUUUGAGCAAACGGUGGAAGAAUUUCGCUCGACCUUUGAGCGCAGGCGAAAAAAACGUAAAGCGCCGCGCGAAUGGACAUUCCAACGUACUGGCACAUUUUGGGAGACAGUGGUGCCAGCUACCUCGGAGGAACAUUUUCUAAAUCUCUUUCGCAUGGAAAAACAAUACUUUCACGUUCUAGUCAAACGGCUGCUGGGCAUAAAAAAAUGCGAUACAUCGUUCCGGAAGGCCAUUCCAAUUGAUAAGCGUAUUGCCAUUGCAUUGUAUACGCUCGGCAGUACGGCGGAGUACAGCAUGGUGGGCGAACUAUUCAGCGUGUCCUCCUCGAUGGUGGGCAAAAUCCUAAAAGACUUUUGCCAGGAGGUCAGGCGUGUCCUGGCACCGGAAUAUUUGCCAAAGGAGUUCCUCACCCAAAGCAAGCUAGAGGAGUGCGUCAGGGGCUUUGAAGCCAGGGGAUUGCCUCAGUGUCUUGGUGCACUUGGUAGCUGCCACAUAGAGAUUAAUAACGUACCAGUACCAGGAAACUUGGCGGAAUACUAUAACACACAAGAUUGGUAUUCCAGGAUACUAUUCGCGCUAGUCGAUCAUCGUUCCAGAUUUCUUUAUGUAAACUACAAUAGUCCAGGUGGCCGGCAAAACGAUGAGGUCUACGAGGAGUCAUCUCUAAAGAGAAUUGUAAAUGCUUCCACAUUGCUUAAAUCCAAUUCAAAGCUAAUUGCGGGCGUAAAGGUUCCCGUGCUGCUGCUGGGCGACUCAGCGUUUCAAUGUUCCACAACGCUGCUGACGCCCUAUGCCAAUCCGCAGGGGGAGCAACAAAAAUUGUUCAAUAAUACACUGGACGAGUGUAGACGGGUUGUGGAUGAGGCGAUUCGCCAGUUAAAAGCGCGAUUUUGCAGAAUAUCCGAGUGCUUGGACAACCAUAGCAGACCCUUUGACAUUAUAUUGUGCUGUUGCAUAUUACACAACUUUUUGAAUGGCAACAAAAGCAGGAUCUUAGAGAGCUGGCUGGACGAAUCGAGAACAGAAAGAGUACAGCCUGUGGCGAUGGGCGAAUCCCUGCAGAAGGCGGAUGAACAAGCCGAGCACAUUAGGCGAGGCAUUAGCCAAUUCCUAAGCACAAUCAAUAUUAACAAACAUUUAUUAUAAGCUAGCUAAAUUAAAUUUAUACCUAAUUA